GUAUGUAACUCGCACACGUGAUCGCACGUUAAUGCCAGCAAUUUCAUUUCAUUUGUGCAAAUGAUCCACACGAUAAACCUAAUCUCUCGGCCACAGUGCAUAUCAUUUUAGAAUGCGGAAUAAUGAAUAACAUUCCUUUUUAAAAAUCAGCAACAGUAGAAAAGUAAAUAUAAACAAUAAUGGCUUCGGCUUGUAGCCAACUCGUCCAAUAUGUUGUAGUUCGUGGCGAUUUAUUAAAAGAAUGUAAAUGGCCUGUAGGAGCUUUAAUUGCGCAAGCUUGUCAUGCGACAACUGCUGUACUUCAUACUUAUUACGAUGAUGUUCAUACACAAGCAUACUUUAAAGAUCUAGAUCGUAUGCAUAAAGUCAUUCUAGAGGCACCUGAUGAAACUAGCCUAUGGAAACUUUCAAGUGAAUUAGAAACACAAGACAUAUGUCACAAGAUAUGGAUUGAACAACCUGAGAACUUUCCCACCUGUGUUGCAUGCAAGCCUUAUCCAAAGGACCAAAUACAAAAAUAUUUUAAACAGUUUAAACUAUUUAAAUAAAAUAUUUGAAUUUUUUUCA